AUGUCUUUGGCAUUGAUCAAUAACAAUCCACAUCCUAGGGAGACUUUCUGUAUUACGAGAACUUUUAGAGCAAAAGAAGAUCAUUUGGCAUUCAAGUUUUCAUUUGGUGAGCUGUUCAAAGACAAAAUACUAAAUGGAACAGGCUUGCACAUUGAAUUUCAAAGCAGAUUGGAGACUUCAAAGAGCAUGGAGGCAGAUGAUAAAGAAUUGGCAAAACCUCCCUCUUAA